AUGCCUGCCAAACGAUCAACCACCCAAGCCAAGCCUUUCAGAUAUGUCGAUGAGUGUCAAACACGCUCAAGUGCAAGCCUUGGGGAUCUCAAACUUGGCAGAAUUCGCGUCGAUUGCUGCUUUCUGAUAUCCAAGACGCAGUGGGGUAAGCUUCGUGGGCAGGAUGCAGGACUGAUGUAUUUGGAUCUCACAUUUCAUCAACCCACCGACUGCAAGCUCUCACAAGCGACCAUUACCAUGAACUUCCAUGAGGCCGAGCACCGGAGGAGGCGAAUUAACACAGGUCUCGAGGUCACUGAGUUCUUUGGACCAAAAAUCCUCACCGGGGAGAAACGAGAGCGACAAGUGUCGAAGUCUUUCGAGGCCACUCCCAAAGUAGGCACCGCUAAUGCCAGUGUCGAAGGUAUUGGCAUUUCACGAAAGACUCAAGCCAGUUAUGCGUCGCGGUGGAAAUUCACUGGUUCCCGAUUUACGGAUGACUCUGAUGACGAAUCAUAUACUCCAAACAAUCGAUAUAGACAGCUUGUUUGGCACCUGGAAGAAAAUGAACUAGAGCGACAAGCGGUUCACCACUCAAUCGUGCACACUGCACUUACCUUCCAUCAUGACUCCUCUCCAUUCUACCUCGACCUGCAGAUCGAAGUCAAGAUGCAGCGAUGGCAUCACCGAGUCCGGCAACGCCUUGUUUGUCCGCCACGGAAUAAGAAGGCCCUUACUCGAGCUAAGAUCAAGCCCGUCGUCUCUGCAACAGACGAUCCUUACUUUUCCAAGUUAGUCAGGAAUAUAGAUCAAGUUAUGGUCGAAGAGAACUUACAUCCAGUGGCAGAUGACACACUAGGCAAAGAUCCUGACACGGAAUUUAGCGAGAUCUGUCUUCCGAAUGAAGCCUUGCUCGAGCUGGCACGACAGUUGACUGGAAACAAAUCUCCAAGUACCCUGGCGCCGCCCAGGAGCAGCUCGGCUGCAUCCACACAGACCGUGAACAGCUCUGACUCUACCCUUGUCGAAUCUGAGACGAUAAGCCAGUCCGAUGAACAGGCAGAAAUAAAAUGUACCAGUUCCGAGGCUGGUAAUCCGAUAACCGUCGAUCCUCCUAAGGAGAUUAUCAAGACCACUACGAUCCCGGAACAUGCAUCCCGCGUGGCACUCUCUGGGGCUCGGCAUACUUCGCAAGUUCUGGCGGCUUUGAUAGCAUGGCUAAUCCUGGGUUUGAAUGGACUACACGCGGGGCUUACUCGAGCUGGUAGGGGCCUUGAAAAGAGCUGA